AGAACCUAUUACGGAGGUGGAGUGGAGAGGGGAACAGUGUUGGAUGGUGUCGGCGACCCACUGACACCCGGAUGGGGUGCAAGUAUUAAUGGAGACGUAGAGAGGUUAGGGAUGGAGGAUGAUGAGGUUUUGAAGAGGUUUCCGAUGGUGGCUUCAAUGCCGAUCUCGGCUGAGACGGCGGAGUUGAUUUUGGGGUCACUGGAGGGGGCCAGGGUGCCCCAUUGGUGGAGGGAUGGUGACCUUUUCGGGAAUUUUAACAGGGUUGGCCCUGGACCAACUUUCUUGAAUUUCACAUACCAGGGGGAGAAUAAGGUGGCAACAAUCCAAAAUGUAUUUGCUGUGAUAAAGGGGUCAGAAGAGGCUGACCGGUUUGUGGUUCUGGGCAACCACAGGGAUGCAUGGACAUAUGGAGCGGUUGACCCAAAUAGUGGCACUGCUGCCCUUAUUGACAUUGCCAGACGAUAUUCUCUAAUGAUGCGUUUGGGGUGGAACCCUCAAAAGACAAUCUAUCUUUGUAGUUGGGAUGCAGAAGAAUUUGGGAUGAUUGGAUCUACUGAAUGGGUUGAGCAAAAUCUUGUAAAUUUGGGGUCAAAGGCGGUGGCAUAUAUCAAUGUGGAUUGUGCAGUUCAAGGGCCUGGAUUUUUUGCUGCUGCAACACCUCAGCUAGAUGAUAUCCUUGUAGAGGUCACUAAGAAGGUUACGGAUCCAGAUUCAUUGGAUUCAAAACUCUUUGAGAAAUGGAGAACGAGUACUGAUGGCCCCUUGAUCCAGAGACUAAGUGAUGUAUUUUCUGACUUUGCUCCGUUUUUACACCAUGCGGGGGUUCCUUCUAUUGAUUUGUACUAUGGCAAAGAUUUCCCGGUUUACCACACUGCUUUUGACUCGUAUGAGUGGAUGGUUAAGUAUGGAGAUCCCUUUUUUCACCGCCAUGUGGCUGUUGCUGGGGUUUGGGGGUUGCUUGGAAUUCACUUGGCAGAUGAUCCUAUCCUGCCUUUCAACUAUCUCUCCUAUGCCGCUCAGUUGCAGAACUACACACAUUCAUUAAGCAAAUUGUUGGAAGGGGAUGUCUCUUUGCAUCCAAUCACAUCUGCCAUUCAAGAACUUGAGGAUGCAGCUAAACAAGUAGAAGAGGAGAUGAAGAAAUUGAGGGAGGAAGAAAGUGAAGGUCAUGUGAUAGUUUUGAGGAGGCGCAUGUUGAAUGAUCGUUUGAUGUUGGCUGAAAGAGGCUUCUUGGAUACAGAGGGGAUUCGGGGAAGGCAAUGGUUCAAGCAUCUCGUAUAUGGACCUGCUAGUGAGAGUAAGCUGGGAUUCUUUCCAGGAGUUGCAGAUGCAAUGUAUGGGUCAAGUACAAGUACAAGUAGAGGAGUGAAAGAGGAGGAGGCAAAAAAGAAGCAGGGGAUGAUCCAACAUGAAAUCUGGAGGGUUGCUAGGGCCAUUCAAAGAGCUGCAAGUGCUUUGAAAGUUGUAUAUUUUCACUGGCUUCUCAAAUGUGUGACCAUUCUGCACCAGAUUUUAAUCCAACAUAGCAAGCGCAUUAGAUGUCACCAUCAACAAAAGCCAAGAAAGAUGAUAAAACGGAUUUCAUUAAAAUAAAAAGCCAAACAGCAAAUCAUUUGAUUUGAUAAAAACUAAAUUUAAGGAGAAAACGGAUAAACCUGAUUUUCUAUAAAGGAGGGCCUUUUAUGGGGCCGAGUGUUCCAAACCAAGAAAUGAAGGAACGUCAGGGUAUCGGUAUUUAUCCAUAUCCUGAGCAUGAGAUGGUUUCUGAAAGCAAAUAAUGUCUCCAUCCUCGAUCUAAAAAGAUAUAUAAGGGCUUAAUUUGUUCAGAUUUAAACACCACUCACAGUCACAUAUAGUCGGUUUACCACAACUCUUCACAAAAA